AUGGACACAGAGCGAGUCGGAAUUACAGCGUUGAACGCCGGUACUCGGGAGGGGGCGGAGCCCUGGAUACUGGAGCACCCGAGGUUCAAGGAGAUGAUAUCAUUGGAUGUAGCUGACAGUUCCCAAGUGUAUUCUGCAUUUCUAGUAUACAUAGAUCUUAUGGAAGUGAGAAAUUGGCACGAUUUACAGAUUUUGGGCUCAUCUGAACUUCAUCUAGUGUACCUGUUUGGACAGGAGAAAGCUGAUCAACUGCCUCAGGUCAUAAUCCCCACACCAGUCACCAUGUCAUGCAGUCAUGAAAGGUAUGUGAUCUGAUCACAUCUUUGAAUCCUAUAAUUUAUGCAUAUAAAGUCUAUUGAUUCUAUGAUAUUCAAAUUCCUCAUUUCUAAUCAAUCAAACUAGCAAAGUAAGUUAUCUGAU